AUGGCUAAGCGACAACGUGAGCCAUCAGGGCCGCUGAGCGGGGGAUACAAUGCAAAGAAGACAGCCAGCGCUAAUGUCAGAGAGUCUAUGGCGGAAACAGGCCCUUCACCUGCACCACAUAUUCAGGCAGCUGCAAGCGCCACGGCCCUCCCUGUCCGUAUCCGCACUUGGCUGACAGGUGACACUGGAAGCGACAGCCCUCAUCCUCACCUGAUGGUGAAGGGGCGUCGCUCGACGAACGGUGAUAAAAUAAAGCACCGCCCUCCUCCUCCUACCUGGGCCGACGAUAGGCCGACGAAUGGCGGCCCUGUCGGCUACACUCUUCCUCCUGUUGCAGAGCACAGCUGCAAGUCGAAGCAGCAGAGCAAUGGAGUCGACCCCCGCGGGGCUGGGAACCCAGAGAGAGCCGGCGUACCAUUUGACGUGGUGUUGCGAGGAGGAGAAAUAGUGUGCAAGACGGUAAAGAGGGGUUUCUCGCAUAUUGGCUCGCGUGCUGUCCAAACGGCAAAUCGUUCCAGGGCCAAUCUCAGGAGCCCAAGCCAGAAUCGUUGGUCUCCGCUACAAGACACAAUUGACGAGGGCAGCGACACGGAAUCCACCAGUGUAUCAGAGGGCACAGAUGGUGAUUCUCUAGUUGAGGGCUCUUCGGGUCACUCGGGCGUCGGGGAAGGCAACUCCAACGAGGAAUACGCAGUGGACAUAGAAGCUGCGGUGGGCCGGGGCUCCAACAGUGCUACCAAAGCCUGGCCGCACAUGGCUCGGAACGCAUCAAGACUGGCGACCCUUUGCGCUAUCUUGAUGACGGGGCUAUUACAUGUCGUGUUUCAUACGGUAUCCUACCUCGCCUGUCGGUCCUACGACGUGGUGGGAAUGGUACUUGACGACGUGGUGGGAGUGGUGCUGGGCGAAGGCAGACAUCAAGACGAGGAAUCGGUCAACGGAAGUCCCGGACAGAGCGGCGGAGGCAGUGGCUCCAACGGCGGGCUCUUCGAUGCGGCGGCCAGGCAGGAGAAGCAUUUCGGACACGGGCGGGCAGACUCGGCCUGUCUGCUGCCGGCGUCGCAGGCGCUGCAGCAGAACACAAGUCGACAGGACGGAGAGGGUCACGGUGGGCGGCGGUCAAGGGCAGGGGCGGCGUCUCGGGGUCCUCGGCGACUAUCGACAGUGCGGGAGGAAUAGGAAGAGACAUUAUCUAUGGCGGCGGGACGGCGCAAAGAAAUCCCGUGGCCUUGGACGAGCAGCAGUCGUGUCGAUAAAGCGAACCAUCCGAUGUCAAAGGUUGGGCGAGGUUGC